AUGGACCAGGUAUUCCGCCUCACAGACGGACGGCAACUAUCUUACAGCGUCUCAGCGGCGACCGAUGGCAUCCCGUUAAUCUUCCUCCACGGCACUCCGGGGAACAAGGCGGUGCUCCCGGUCUUCGAAGCCAAAUGCAAAAGCAGAGGUGUAAAGCUGAUCACAAUAGACAGAGCUGGCUAUGGCGGUUCCACAAGACAAAAAGGGCGUCGGGUAGCGGACGUCGUCGACGACAUUAAACAGCUCACGCAGCAUCUCAGCAUUAGCAAAUGUCUUGUGGCGGGCUGGAGUGGCGGCGGACCACAUGCGCUUGCUUGCGCAGCACGACUACCAGGCUGUCUGGCCGCGCUUUUAAUUGCCAGCGUUGGGCCUUCGGACGCCGAUGACUUGGAUUUUCUCAGCGGUCAGGGCGAAGGAAACCUGCAAGAAUUCCACGCAGCGCUGCAAGGCGAAGCCAAGCUGCGCGAAUUCUGCGAAGCCGAGCGACCCGACAUGAUGGGCGAUGCGCAGAGCAUAAUGACUGCCAUGGCCUCGAACCUGCCCGAGGUCGACAAGGCGGUCAUUUUGCGCGACCCAGAUUUCGGCAACUACCUGUCCCAGAGUUUCCGCGAGGGACUGCAGGUAAACUGCGACGGCUGGAUCGACGACGACCUUGCCUUUCUGCAGCCUUGGGGGUUUGACGUGGGCGAAAACAAAACGCAUGUACUGCUCUACCAAGGCAGUGACGACAAGAUGGUGCCCUUUGCGCAUGGAAAAUGGAUUGCGCAGCAUCUUCCUGCCGGUACGGCACAGCUUCCACUGUCACCGCAGUAG